GAGCCAUCUGAGGUCCCGGGUACCCAGCUCCCCGACACAUCAGAGCCCCUUCUUGCACUCUGAGUGAACUGAUCACAAACUAGCCGGAGGUGAGCCUGGCCUCGAAAGGAUAGUUCGUGGGUGCGGUGGCCGCCCCGGGCCUGUGACACCAGGACAUACACCCGGGCUCGCGGUGGGCAAGCGAAGUAGUGACCUGAGAGCUGAACAGGCUGCGGGAGGGAAGUAGACAGGCCCAGACCAGGGAAAGGGGAGGAGAUAGUGUGCUGGGGCUGCUGCAGGGGGGGACCUGAGCCAGGAGUGCACUGGCACGAAGGAGCUCCAGGGCCAGAGAUCAGAGGAUGCAGCACCGAGGCUUCUUCCUUCUAGCCCUUCUUGCCCUCUUGGUGGUCACGUCCGCGGUGGCCAAAAAAAAAGACAAGGUGAAGAAGGGCAGCGAGUGUUCGGAGUGGACCUGGGGACCCUGCACCCCCAGCAGCAAGGACUGCGGCAUGGGUUUCCGCGAGGGUACCUGUGGGGCCCAGACCCAGCGCAUCCAUUGCAAGGUGCCCUGCAACUGGAAGAAGGAAUUCGGAGCCGACUGUAAAUACAAGUUUGAGAGCUGGGGCGCGUGUGAUGGCAACACUGGCACCAAAGCCCGCCAAGGGACCCUGAAGAAGGCUCGGUACAAUGCCCAGUGCCAGGAGACCAUCCGCGUGACCAAACCCUGCACCUCCAAGACCAAGUCGAAGACCAAAGCCAAGAAAGGAAAAGGAAAGGACUGAGUCAGGAGGUCUAGCCUGGGGUCUGAACAGAGCCCUCCUCUCCCACAGGCCCAAGCUAUAACCCACCAGUGCCUUUUGUCUUCCUGUCAGCUUUGCCAAUCACGCCUGCCCUCUCUCGCCCACACCAAGUGCCCAAAGUGGGGAGGGACAAGGGAUUCUGGGAAGUGAGCCUCCCCAUAUCCCCUCUUGUUCUCCCCACCCUGAUACCUGUUAUUAAGAAAUGAAUAAAAUAAACUCACUUUUUUUUUCCAAUAAAA